AUGCCGAUCGCGGCAGGAGACGCUGUGACAGCGAACAUGCAAUUCCUACGGCAGGGUUCUCUUAGAAAACAUGGAUUUAUCGUGUUGCUCGUUGGUCAGAAGUCAGCGCUUCCUAGAACUGGCUUGGCAUUGGUCCACGGCUCGGUCAGCGUCGGUCAGGCCAUCGCUGACAUCGUCUACCCCACCGACUGCACGCGAUCGGAAACGACGGCCGCAGGGCUUGCGCGGAAUGUCCGGCGCUGGCGGGAUCUCUCACCCAAGCCGCGCCUAGUGCGGAUUGCCUCGGGCUGCCGCCAAGACGAUCAUCAGAAGGCCUAG